GCCAGGUACGAAGCAGGCAGGGUCCGCAAUUUAAAACCAGCAAGCUAGCCUCCGAUAUGGCUCCGAUGCCAAUACCUUACCUUGUCUGCGCAUCUAGGCCUCUCUGACUGACUCCCCUUGACAAAAGACUGGCUUGUGACUCAAUUGUUGCCUCCCAAGUUCUUUUAGACAAUAUAUUUAAGGGAAUGCGUGCUCCAAAUACCAAAUGUUUUUUUUCUUGUUUUUUUCCAUAAUACAACAACUUUGCUGAACCUGCUUGUUCAUGUCUGGAGGCCACCUAGCACGUACGUGCGUUGCAUCUCUUUUAAGCCGACUGUGCGCACCGGUUCUAACCGUCGCCGUUAUCGCUCAUCCUUGCAAUAUUUCUAGUCGCAACUCUUCGCAGCUGUGAAGGCUUGUCACUGCCUAAAAUUUUCCUAGACCUUGAACCCUCCUUACAGCACCCCCAAGAAAUCAGGGCUAAUAGGGCUGAGGCAGGAAACAAAAGAAAAGAGAAAAAGACAUGGCGCCUUCUAUGCUGCGUUCAAUUCUGAGGUCGUCGCCAUCGGCGGCACGCCGGUGGUCAAGACAUUACAGUGUCAAGGCAGAGGUCGCCUCGACCGCCCAGCCCAAAGACAUUGAACCUGCACAGCUAAAGAUCACCAAGACUAGCAAGCCUGGUGUGUUGGACAAGCCCGAAAACCUCCUCUUUGGCAGGAAAUUCUCAGACCACAUGAUUACUUGCGAGUGGGAACAAACCAAUGGAUGGCAACAACCGCAGAUCGUCCCGUACCAAAAUCUUUCCAUGGACCCGGCUACAUGCGUCCUCCACUACGCGUUUACGUGCUUCGAGGGUAUGAAGGCCUACAAGGAUAAGUCCGGCCAGGUGCGCCUGUUCCGUCCGGAUAAGAACAUGGAGCGCUUCAACAAGUCGGCUGCGCGUAUUGCUCUGCCAAACUUUAGCUCGCCCGCUCUUAUCGACAUUAUCUCGCAGUACGCCAAGCUCGAAUCACGUUUCAUCCCCGACCAGCGCGGGUUUUCGCUUUACCUGCGCCCGACCAUGAUAGGUACGCAAAAGACGCUCGGUGUCAGCCCUCCCGGGUCCGCGAUGCUUUUCGUCAUUGCAAGCCCCGUGGGCCCCUAUUACCCGACGGGAUUCAAGGCCGUUUCGCUCGAGGCGACCGAUUACGCCGUGCGCGCCUGGCCCGGCGGUGCCGGCGACAAGAAGCUCGGCGCAAAUUACGCGCCCUGCAUUGUGCCUCAGCGCGAGGCCAUGGCUAGGGGUUUCCAGCAGAACCUGUGGCUUUUUGGCGAAGAGGAGUACGUUACCGAGGUCGGUACUAUGAAUAUGUUUGUCGCCAUUAAAAACAAGCAGACGGGCCAAAAGGAGCUCCUUACGGCGCCCCUGGACGGUACUAUCCUCGAGGGCGUAACGCGCGAUUCCAUCCUGGCCCUGGCCCGCGAGAGGCUCGUGCCGGAGGGCUGGGCUGUCUCUGAGCGAAAGUUCACCAUGAAGGAGCUGCACGAGGCCUCGACCGAGGGCAGGUUGAUUGAGGCUUUCGGUUCCGGUACCGCCGCUAUCGUCAGCCCCGUCCGCUCGAUUGCGUGGAAGGGCAAGCUUGUCCACUGCGGUCUUCAGGAUCACGAGGAGUCGGGAGAGAUCGCCAUGAGGAUGAAGGGAUGGAUAGAGAGCAUCCAGUACGGCGACGAGGACCACGAGUGGAGUCACGUGUGCUGAUUUAUUCUACUGUAAUUUUUCUUUUUAAUGCCUCUUCCUUUUCCUUGCCUUGGCGUUUCUUUGUCCAGACAUAGAUCACAUCUAUAGAAAGAUUACAUCUAUAGAACAGCCGCAGGACAAACGUUUUGUGCUCCAGAAGCUCGAUCCAACACUAGCGGUGUAGAUGCCUAAAGAGUACCUGCCAUGGGGAUGAAAUAACAUCGUGGCUGACAAUCGAACCAAUUCGCCUGUUAUUAGUAAGCUGUAGUAGG